AUGCUCAUGACUGAGGAGAUGGGUUUCAAAGUGAGAAGUGAGUGCAAGCACAGCAACGGCAGCGAGCCAAGCAGAUGGGUAGAGACCUUGGUCCGGCCACGAGGUAUUCCAGGUACUGCUGCUAUGAACUUGGACUGCAUCUGGCACAAUUUGGAGUACAUGGAGUGCAAGUGGCUCGCCGGGAAAAAUGCACGCAGCGAUACCAACUAUACUUUGUUCUACUGGUAUGAAGGCUUGGGAAAUCCUGAAAAGUGCAGCAAUUCUUCUAUACAUGAAGGAAUCUUUAAAUGCAUUUUCAAUUUUACCUUUCCCAAGGUCACCAAUACUUAUCCAACUAUCAGUAUUUUGAUUAAAGAUGCUUCAGAGGAAAUCAGGCCUUUGUGUGCAAAUAAAAAUCCUACUACCCUUGUAAAACCUGCUACGCCCAAAGCAGUUGCACUGUCAAAGGUUAAUGAUGACAUUCGUCUAGAAUGGAGCCAGCCAGACACCUUCCCAGCAAGUUGUCUGUAUUACGAGGUGAAAUACCACAAUGGCGAUAAGGACACUGCUCACACAAUUAAAGUUGAGGAUAAUCGUACUUCAAUUCCCAGUGUUGAUCCUAAUACCAAGUACACCUUCAAGGUGAGAGCAAAACCAAAGCCCGAGUGUUACAGCAGCAAGCUCUUCAGCGACUGGAGUGAGGACAAGAGUAUUGGUGCAAAGUCAGACUCCACAUUCUAUUUCAUUUUAAUUAUCACCAUUCCAUUAAUAAUAGCAGUAUCUACGAUAAUUCUACUUUUUUACCUAAAAAAGCUGAAGAUAUUAAUCCUUCCGCCAGUUCCUGACCCUCGAGAAAUCCUUAAGCGCAUGUUUGGGGAGCAGAAUGAGGAUUCCCAGGGUGGCGUAAAGGAGGAUCCUGUGAAUGCUUACAACAGGUUAAUUAAGGAAGAAGAAAUUCAUUCUUUAGUUCUAACAGAAACUCUAGGGACCUCUUCUUCUGAAAACGAAAACCGAUAAACUGUCUUUACAAAGGAAUGAUGAGGAAAGACUUUUCUUCAUGCUCCCUUACCUCAGGUGACAAUGUAGAUGUGGACCGGCCUCUAAGACAUUCACCAACGUUCAACUGAGUCCUUUGUGAA